AUGGCUUCCAAGUACGACGUGGCCCUCGUCCAGCUGCAGGGCCCAAGAAACGGAGUCUUAUUGUUAAAGCUGAAUAGACCCGAGUCAGGCAACUCAUUACAUCCUAAACUAGUGGCCGACAUGCUGAGGGCCAUUCGGUGGGCGGAGCAAAAUAAGAAGGUCAAGGUCAUUGUCUUGACUGGAAAUGGUCAAUUCUUCUGCACCGGGAUGGAAUUAAUCAGCAAUGACGAGAUGUCAUUCGCAAUCGGGUCGGACUUCCACCAACUUAACGAGGCACUUAUUUUGAGUGAGAAGAUUCUGGUCGCCGCGGUGAAUGGGCCUGCUGUGGGUUACGGCGUUAGCAGCCUUGCAUUGCUUGAUUUGGUCUAUUCCAUCCCGGACGCCUAUUUCUUCACGCCAUUCGUCAAGUGGGGGAUGGCCCCAGAGGCUGCUUCGAGCCUGACGUUCGCAAGGAUAAUGGGCCACCAGAGAGCAUCCUUGUUGUGUCUUACUGGGGAGCGGAUCCUAGCUCCAGAGGCAAUGCAAUUAGGUCUUGUCAGCAAAGUCCUACCAGCCAAGGACUUUAUGGGCCAAGUUAUGGAGAUCGCAGAAAAUCUUGCCCAGUCACCAGCCGGUUCUCUCCAGGGAACAAAACGAUUGAUGAAACAAUCAGUCAUCAAGGAGUUACUGGAAGCAAACGAUCGUGAAUGCCGUCUUAUCCAUGAGGAAAGGAUACCAAGCGGGGACCCUCAAAAGGGAAAAAAGCAAUUCGAACUCGCACAACACCAGAAACGCAAGUUUAAACAGCUUGCCAAGGGUCUGCUGUAA